UCGACACCCUUCGAUCCAGGGCCAAGCGCGUUGGUCCGGUCGCUGUGUGGGCGGCGUGCUGCAGAGCGGCAGGACUCGAGCAGCGCGCGUCGAGGCGCCCCGGCGGCGGCGGCGAUGCCGCUGUCGCGCAGGGUGGCGUCGUGCGAGCGGCUGGCCGAGCUGCAGGCCGACUGCAUGGCGGACGACUUGCCGGUCGCGAAUCACAUGCUUUCCUGGACAGAGGAGGAGGCGGUGUACUAUUUUGAGUCGGGCGGACAGGAGCCGCCGGCCGAGCAGCGCGUGUACCCCAGGGUGUGGCUCACCUCGGACGUGCACACCGACCGGGCCGAGAACAUGGCGUGGCUCCGCUCGCUACCGCAGCACCCGGGCGAUGCGGUCGUCGUGGCGGGAGACGUGUCGCACCAGAUGGAGCAGCUGGAGGCGACGCUGCGCGCCUUCUCGGAGCGCUUCGCCCACGUCUUCUUCACAGCGGGCAACCACGACCUCUGGAUCACGCGCAACGACGGCGGCAUGGACUCGCUCGCAAAGCUCGACGCCAUCGACCGGCUCUGCGACCGGAUGGGCAACGUGCACUCGACGCCGCGGCUGCUGAGAGGGGACGGGUCGGGGGCGCACAAGCCCGGGCAGGGCCUGUGGGUCGUGCCUCUCGCCUCGUGGUACGACGACUCGCUCGACCUCACCCACUUCACUCCGUCGCUCAUCCACCGCGCCGGCGACAUGCGCGCCUUCACGUGGUCGGACUUUGCGCUCUGCAAGUGGCCGGCCGCGCUGCUGCGGCCGUCGGACACGAUGACGGGCCACUACCCGGCGGGCGUGGCGUGCAAGCUCGCGGAGAGGAACGAGCCCUCGGUCCGGGAGGUCAACGAGGCGCUCUGCGGAGCGGUCGGCGACGCGGUGCUCUCCUUCUCGCACUUUCUCCCGCGCGAGCAGACGCUGCCGGACUGGCUCGACCCCGCCGGCCUCUCCUUCUCUCCCGACUGGGUCUCACACCCCGCCGGAGGGACCGCAGUCAACUUCUCGCGCGUCGCAGGCUCGCGCCUCAUCGACGAGCAGCUCCGCCGGCUCACGGCGGGCGUGCAGCGGCCGCCCGACGGCGUCUGUCACGUGCACGCAUUCGGGCACAGCCACCGCCCAAAGGACUUCUCGCUCGACGGCGUGCGGUACGUCUCUCACCCGCUCGGCUACAGCAAGGAGCGGGUCAAGAGGCUCACGCCGGAGGUGCCGCACCUCAAGCUUGUGUGGGACGUGGACGGCGCAGUGCCGCCGCCACCACAGCCGCUCAUCCGCUACUGGGAGGAGCACGGCGGGUGCGGCGCCUAUGCGAGGCAGCUGCGACUGCAGCGGCAGCGGCAGCGCGAGCUGCAGCACGAGCGGAGGAGCGCGUCGCUCUCUCUGCCAUGCGUGCAGCAGGCGCUCGACCUGAGCCGGGCGCCCCACGACGAGGGCGACGAUUUGAGCGCGCUGCUCGCGCAGGGCGUCUCUUCGGAUGAGACGCCGUGAGGGUGCGGGAGGAGGCGACGAGCUACCCCAUGCUUCCGCAUGUUCCCCCCACACCCCCCACACCCCCAUGGACCUCGACUUCUCCCCAUGUGAGACAUGUGCUGCUCCCACCUCUCCCAUACCCCCUUCCCUGGCAUGAGAUCUGUGCAUGCACGCGGUUGGGUCUCGCGGGCUCUCUCCGUCUGCGGCGCGCUGGGUCCGAUCUGCCGUGCGCGACAAGUCGCAGAGGGCAGAGCUAGAGCUUUUGUGUGUGGGGCGGGACUGCCCGAUAUCUCGUUGUUCUUGCCCCUUGAACGAAGCUGAGGCCUUUCGCUCGCCAUUUUGCUAGUUAUAGCUGAGAUAAGAACGAAAACGAGCU